AGUCAUAGAUCAAGUUUGGUGAUCAGACAACGUUGGACUCCCAGGCUAACUUUAAUUUUCCCUUCUCUUCAUCAAUUGCCACUUGCCACUGAUGCAACAACCCUCUUUUCCAAUAUCAUGAAUGACUGUUGCCCUUUAAAUUCAUAAAACUGGCACUCUACAACUUGUUAAUUCCCAGGGCAUCACUGGAGCCUACAGCUUGGACCUCCUUUGUAAGGUUACCUGUAUCUUAGUUUGCUGUUCAGUUGCCCUAUUUGCCACAUUCCUUCAGAACUGCAGUAAAGGAUCAGUAGAUGCAGCACUUGGCUAAUACUGUCUGCCACAACAUGAUGAUCCAGGAAAAAGCAGUUGAGAGCCUUCUUUUCUGCUGCAUCCUUUUGUUUCCAUGGUAACAGGAAGAGGCUUUGAAAGAUAGUCCUGGAGCUGCUCUUUUAGUUGAGUUGACAACUGAGAUACCAGAUGGCUUCAAAUGAUGAAGACGCCAUUGCUUGGUACCAAAAAAAGAUUGGAGCUUAUGAUCAACAAAUAUGGGAAAAGUCCAUAGAACAGACUGAAAUGAAGGGCUUCAAAAGCAAACCCAGAAAGAAAGGCCACAUACAGCCUGACUUGAUAGAUGUUGAUUUAAUAAGAGGUUCCACAUUUGCCAAAGCUAAACCUGAAAUUCCUUGGACAUCACUUACAAGGAAGGGAAUUGUGCGAGUUAUAUUAUUCCCAUUUUUUAGUCAGUGGUGGAUACAAGUCACUUCUUGGCGUAUAUUUAUGUGGCUGUUAGUACUGUACCUUUUACAAGUUGUAGCAAUUACAUUAUAUUCCAUAAUGCCAGUAGUGAGUGCAAGUGAAAUCAUUGGACCAUUGUGCCUUAUGCUACUCAUGGGAACUGUACACUGUCAGAUAGUAUCUACUCAGUUAUCUAAAUCUUCAGGAAUUGAUGGGAGCGGUGUUGGUCGAAGAAGGAGAAAAAUGCGCAAAUUUGCAGGAGGUGACGUCUAUACUUCCUCUGAGAAAAUAGGCAGAAGCGAGGAGCCAUUGGAGUCCUCAUCCAGGAUCAGCAGCUUGUUUGAUUCAGUAUUGCGCCGAAGGAGCAGGGAAGGGGUGAAAAGGGGGAAACGGGUAGUCGAUAAAGGGUCUGAAACAGAGCAUAGCAGUGGUAUAAAACGCAGGAUUUCCAGAUCUGAACACAGUUUUCAACGUUCGAAGGAUUCUGAAAUGCAGUCAAAUUUAGAUAGAAAACAGACUAUUUCUAGACAGUCAGGCAUUUCUGAUGAAUUGUCAAGCGAGGAGGAAACAGAUAAUGCUGGUCAGGUAGUUUUGCUGCGCAGAAGCGUAGAAGGUGGCCCUAGUAUAACUGUAACUGAAGAUCAGGGCAAAAAGUCUUCUCUUAUUUCUCCAUCUGCCUCAACAAAUCAGUCAGUGUCACAGGUCAAGGAGGUUGUGAAAUCUAUGCAAGAUUCGGACAGCUUAGUGGAAUCAGAACUUGAACUAACAAUUCCUCAAGAGGAGUCCAAAGCCCAGUAUAGUAGUGAAUCUCAAAGCGGUAGUAUUUCUCAUAGAGAUUCGGAGAGUACUCGUCAUGACUCUGAGACAGAAGAUAUGUUAUGGGACGAUUUGCUUCAUGGACCUGAAUACCGAUCCUCUUUCACCAGUGACAGUGAGGAAGCAAAAGGAAAAGACAGAAAAGCAAGCAAACGAGAUCUGAAGGAUGAUGUUUUCCAGCAGAAUCACUUGUUCUGGCUGCAGAAUACAAGUCCUGCUUCUACCAAAGUGAGUGCGCUCAUCUGGGAGGGGAAUGAGUGCAAGAAAGUAGACAUGUCUGUUCUGGAGAUCAGUGGAAUCAUCAUGAGCAGGGUCAAUGCCUUUCACCAAGGAUCUGGUUACCAAUGGCUGGGCAAUAUUGUUACCAUUGGUUUAGCUUUCCUUCCCUUCCUCUAUCGACUCUUCCAUUCAAAGACUUUUGAGCAAUUGUGGUCCUUGACUGCAAAAGAAGUUUUGCAUAUCUUUUGUGGGGGUCCUCCAUUCCCCCCUAUAAUCGUCCUUGCAAUGAUCAUCUUUCUGGAGCGCCUUUGCCUCACCUGGAUGUUUUUCUUCAUGAUGUGUGUUGCUGAGAGGACUUACAAGCAGCGUUUUCUGGUUGCUAAACUUUUUAGCCACAUUACCUCUGCUCGGAAAGCAAGAAAAUAUGAAAUCCCACAUUUCAGACUCAAGAAAGUAGAAAACAUUAAAAUCUGGUUAUCACUUCGUUCCUACUUAAAGAGGCGAGGCCCUCAACGAUCUGUUGAUGUAGUUGUAUCCUCCAUAUUCUUACUGGCUCUUUCAAUUGCUUUCAUAUGCUGUGCACAGGUUUUAAAAGGUCACAAGACAUUCUUGAGUGCUGCUUACAAUUGGGAGUUCCUAAUCUGGGAAACUGCCCUGCUCUUAUUCUUGUUGCGUUUGGCAUCCCUCGGCUCUGACACCAACAAGAAAUACAGUAAUAUUUCAAUUCUGCUUACUGAACAGAUAAAUUUGUACUUAAAGAUGGAAAAGAAACCCAACAAGAAAGAGCAGCUCACACUAGUAAAUAACGUCCUUAAACUCUCCACCAAACUCUUGAAGGAGUUAGAUACACCGUUUAGACUAUAUGGAUUGACAGUGAAUCCCUUGAUCUAUAAUAUUACACGAGUGGUGAUCCUGUCGGCCGUCUCUGGAGUCAUAAGUGAUUUGCUGGGCUUCAAUAUCAGAUUAUGGAAAAUCAAACCGUGAGAGAGAAGAUGCUGCAACCCAUGUUUUGGGCAGAAAUAUUCUCUGAUGUGCUACACAGGCUUGACAAGGCCAUUGAAGGUGCUUUUUCCUCACUUCAAUACAAAUGCCAUAUUUUCCAUACAUUUUCUUAAGAAUUUAGAAUUAAUUUUUCAUUGAGGUCAUAGCUUGAAGAGAUGGUUAAAUAAAUCUUAAUAAAUAACAAUUCUAAUGUGUUCAUCUUAGUUGGUUAAACCAGCUGCUCCUAUGGAGCAAAGCAAUAUGAAAUGAGAUGUCUUGCAACAAGGUUUAUUAAAUGAAUAAAAAAAAUAAGCCAGCAUUAUUCUGCUCUGAAACUGCCUGUUAAACCCAUCUGUGACUAAGAUGAAUAUAGCUAUUUGGUACCUAAUAAUUUAAUAUGGUGUUUGUUUCUGUCAAGCUCACCUAUUUUCUGUAAGUUGCAGUUGACCUACUUUUUACAUUUCAAAAUGCCUCUGGUAGAAAGCCUUUUCUUGAAUGGCAGUUGGUCCUGCUUGUUUUGCUGUACUGGGAGAGGAGAAUGAAAUUUAUUCCAACAAAAUAUGAAUACCCUCUUCAGGCAUUUUACAGUUCAGCCUUCCAUUGCUCAGUAACACAUAAUAGCAAUAACAGAAGAUGGCUAAGAGUAGAUUUGCCAUAUAUUUAAGAAUGCUAUUAGAGUUCUCCAAUUAGUGAUCUGAAUUAGCAGUCUAUCCAUGAAAAAAAUAAAAAUGUUGGUAUGGUAUCUAUGUUUUAUGCAAAGCAAUUGGAAACUCGUAUAAUAUUGUUAAAUGUUACCAGUUAGCACCACAAAAACUGGGUUGGUUCUGAAGAAAUUUUUACUGUAAACUUUUGUUUAAAAGAAGGUUUACAUACCUUCCCCAACUGGGUAAUUGUUAGAACUAUGGAUAUAUAACAUUUUCUUAUAUAUAUAUUCAGUUUUCCAUCUCUGCAAAUCAAUUUAUACAUACAUGUUUUUUCUAUCUGUGUUAUGUUUCUAAGUUCACAGAAUAAAGUAUUACUGGACCUGUAAAAGGAACUACCAAAGUUUGGCUGCUAUUAUUAGCAUUUAUGCAAUAGUUUUUUUCUUUCAAACAAUUCACUUAUUUUUUUUCUGGAGGGAACACGCCUUUAGAACAUUCUAUGUUAUAUAUAAAGCUAUUAUUGGCAUUCUUGUAAGGUGCUGAAGGAAUCUGUAUGAUAGUAUUUGAAAUUAAAUGUUAGUAACAAAGACAAAUAAAACAGAAGUCAAGAGAGAAGUCAGUGAUGGUUUGCUGUGGGUUUUUUCCAGUGAAAAGGAUAUGCUUGUAAGUAUUUAUUGCUAGCAGUAGAUUCAUGCAGAGAUGUC